CUUUUUCAUUCUCUUACUCCCUCCAUAUCAGAAUAGCACAGAGCGGUGUCCGUGAUGGGAUGCAAGAAGCCAAUGAGAUGAGGAUCCGAUAGUAGACGCAAAUUGUUGUGAAAACACUGCAAAAUAUGAAACUACUUAUUUGCCGAGGAGUAAGUCACAGAAUGCAACUUGGGAAUUGGCACCCUUCACCGGAAUUGUGAUGCUGGAUCUCUACAGUGGGAACAUGUCUAUGGAAGCUAAAUAACUUUGCUUUAGAGAAGUUGUUUUAACAAAGGUACACCAACGCAAGGCAUUCCGUUAUUGGAAAUCAUCGCUUGUUGUACUGUAACUGUGAAACGGACCACUUUCUGUAACUACUGAGCUGAAAGAAGCACAUUCAAAAGCAAACCCCUGAACAAAAUCAGCAUCGACAAACGUCAAAAGAUGAGCUCAUAUUUCGUCAACUCUCUCUUCACUAAAUAUAAAAGCGGAGACACGCUACGGCCGAACUAUUACGAGUGCGGUUUUGCGCAGGACCUGGGGACAAGACCCACCGUCGUGUACGGUCCAGGCACCGGGGCCACUUUCCAGCAUGCUCCUCAGAUUCAGGAGUUUUACCACCACGGCGCGUCGACGCUCUCCGCAGCCCCUUACCAGCAGAGUCCCUGCGCCGUAACUUGUCACGGCGAGCCGGGUAACUUCUACGGUUAUGAUGCUCUCCAAAGGCAAGCUCUUUUUGGUGCUCAAGACGCCGACUUGGUGCAGUAUAGCGACUGUAAGCUCGCCACGGGGGGCAUCGGCGACGAGACGGACAACACGGAACAGAGUCCGUCGCCCACACAGCUGUUUCCUUGGAUGCGACCUCAAGUAGCUGCCGGACGGAGGCGAGGUCGCCAGACAUACAGCCGCUAUCAGACGCUGGAACUCGAGAAAGAGUUUCUCUUCAAUCCCUACCUGACACGCAAGCGACGGAUUGAAGUAUCACACGCUUUGGGACUGACCGAACGACAAGUCAAGAUCUGGUUUCAAAACCGCCGCAUGAAAUGGAAAAAAGAAAACAACAAAGACAAAUUUCCAAGCAGCAAGUCUGAACAGGAGCAGAUCGAAAACGAAAAACGGGAGAAUGAACAGGCGUCCGGGGCACAGUCAGCCGAAGAAGACUGCGACAAGGCAAAACAAAUGUAGAACGGAUGUGUGAGCGUUGUGUGUGAGCGCGCGCGUGUGUGUUGAGGGAGCAAUCAAAAGAAUAAAUAGGGAAACAAAGCAGACAAUGAUGAAAAGAAUAAGAGUGUUUGCAUGGGAGGUUUGUCUCUCAGAGACAACUUGAGUCGUUACAUCUUGGUAACACGAUGAAGGAACAUAAAAAUGACUGGGAAUAGAAAAAUGACUGUAAACCUAAAAUGCUGAUGACAGAACUUCAGGACGACGAAGGACCCGAAUUUCUACUUUCUACCUGAUGUUCAGAGAGUGUGAUAGUAUUAAAACUAAUCUCCUUUCUUUGUGGAAUAAUUAUCGUGAAACUCAUGUUUCUAUUGUUAGGAUAUUGUCAUUAACAAUUACCUUGGCAGCUGUAUAGUUUUUAAGUUAAAUGGUGCACUUUUAACUGUUCUCACUUAUAUGUUAUGAUGUUUAUGUAGUGAUGACUUCCAACAACAUGAAACUGCCUAUUUAUGCCGUAGAAUCUCUUUUUACACGUAUUUGGUUCUUCUCAAAUCGAUGGUAUUUUGUUGUCUUCCUUUCCUGGGGUAAGCAUGCGCACAGUGGAUUAUAAAAAUGAAUAAAACAUAAUAAAAAUAAUUUAAAAAUGUCAUGUGACCCAUUGUUUACUAAAAUGUUUUUUGUUUGUUCACAAUUACUGGUGAAGUAGCAUACUUCAUGGCGACGACUAUAUGGUUUGUUGACUUUCGUAAAUGUGUGAAAUGUCUAAAACUGGAAGAAGCGGAAGAAAAUGG